AUGCAGGAACUGGGACAGAAUAUCAUGCUCAUUGGAGAUGUGAAUGGAAGAGUUGGCGAUGAACAAAUAAUUGAAGAAGAACUAAUAACUGGAAUUCACUACUUACAAUCACUACAUAGACGUUCGAAGGAUGAAGUAUUAAAUAAAAACGGAAAAUCUUUGUUGGAAUUGUUUGAGGAAUAUGGAAUGGUGAUCUUGAAUGGAAGGAUGGCAGGAGAUAGGAAUGGUGAGUUUACAUUUGUGGGAAAUCGCAGAUCAGUCAUCGAUGUGUGUGCUGUCUCAUUAGAGCUGCUCUCCUGUGUAACCGACUUUUGUGUUGUACCAGCUGUUCUAUCUGAUCAUCUGCCAAUAAAAACAAUCAUUGCAUUGGUGGGAGGAGAAAGCGAGAAUCCAGUAGGUAUACAGCCUUUAAAGCCAAAGAUGAAGUGGAUGCCGGCUAAGAGGGAUGAGUACCAGAGACUUUUGCUGGAGGCUGUUACCAGCAGGUGUGAAUGGGAUAUGGACUUGGAGGCGGACUGGUGCUACCUUAUUGAGGCCAUUCAGACAAGCCAACAGACUAAUCAUCAACCAGCAAUUCUGAAGAGUAAGGAUAGGAAACAAGCUGAAUGGUUUGAUCGGGAGUGUUGGGGAAGAAGAAGUGAAGCAUUCAGCCUUUUGCAACUCUAUCGGAAAACAAACUCAGAGGUGGUGAAAAUGCAUUACUUGGAGGCAAACUCUAAUUACAGGAAACUAUGCAAGGAAAAGAAAAAAACGUACUGGAGGAAUUGCAUUGAAGGAUUCAAGACUGUGAAGGAUUCAAGGGACUUCUGGACAUUGGUCAGACAGCUUAAGAAGAGGCAAUUUGUUAUUGGUUCAACAAUAUCAAUGGGAGAUUGGAUUCAACACUUUCAAGAGCUGCUGAACCCUGCAGUGACAGCUGAGAGAGUGUUGUAUGUGGAGCCCUACAUUGAGGAUGAAUUGUUGGAUGCUUCAUUCCAGAUGCAGGAGUUGAGGAAGAUCAUGGCCCGCGUGAAAGAUGGUAAAGCACCUGGAGAGGAUGGAGUACCAUAUGAAUUUUUCAAAAAUGUGCCCACCUGUUUCAUGGAGAGUCUGUUGAAUCUUUACAAUAGAAUGUACAGCACUUCCUGUGUCCCAGACAGCUUCAAGAGAUCAAUAGUUUUUCCUAUCUUCAAGAAAGGCAACCCUGGGGAUGCUUCAAACUACAGAGGCAUUUCAUUUGGCAAUGCUGGAGCAAAGCUGUUCACUGCAAUUCUCCUUGAUAGACUGAAAGCAUGGGUCAAUCGUGAUGGAAAACUGAGAGAGUUCCAGGCUGGUUUUCGGGCGAGUUAUUCAACAGUAGAUAACAUUUUCAAUUUGAUGGCAAUUAUCAUAAUGAGGCUUGCAGUCAAGAGGCAGAAAGUCUAUGCUUUCUUUGUCGAUUAUUCAGCUGCAUUCGAUCGAAUUGACAGACAUUCGUUGUUUCUCAAAUUGUCAGAAAUGAGAAUUUCCACAAAAAUGCUAAGAAUCCUCCAAGUUAUUUAUUCAAACUCCACAGCGAGAGUCUGGAGUCAAGAGGGUCUUUCAGAUGCAUUUGAAACUAAUACUGGCGUGAAGCAAGGCUGUCUGCUGAGCCCCCUACUGUUUGCAUUGUUCCUAAACGAUUUAGAGGAGAAUAUGGAGGGGGGUGUGAAGCUGAAUGACACAAAUAUAAGAAUACUUGCCUAUGCUGAUGACAUUGUACUUCUGGCAUCAAAUAAAUUAGAUUUAAAAAAGAUGAUCACAGCAUUAGAGGAAUAUUGCAGAAGAUGGAACCUACUUGUCAACCUUGAUAAAUCCAAGAUAGUGAUUUUUAGAAACGGUGGAAAACAAGGAAGGCAUGAGAAAUGGUGGUACAAAGGAAAACCAAUCGAAGUUGUCAAUUCUUACAAGUAUCUAGGAAUAAAUCUGACGUCAAGACUUUCAAUGACACUGCACAGAGAUGAAAACGCUUUUGAAUGGUGA